AGAUUAUUAUAUUCCUAAUCGAGAAUUAAUCAUCGAAUAACGCGAAUGGUAGCUACGCCCACGAGGUCCAAUGCCGAUGGGCAGUCGCAAGCCAGGAUGAGGAGGGGGAGGUAGGUUUGAAGGAGAGACAUUGUGACACAAGUCGCGAAAGUAGAUGCUCGACUUACACAAUUUCGCACGACGCACCUCGCAUACGACAGCGUGACGCAUGGGACGGACGAGGCGCGUGUGCGUGUGUCUCUUGUUUGCGUCCCGUGCGUUCGUCCGUUCCUUGCGCAAUCACGCAUCGGCAAUGACACUGCGUGACAGCUCGCACUGACAAAAAUCGCAGCGACUCCCGGUGACAACCGGUUGGACGUACGUAACGUCGACUAACGACCGCGCUUCUCUACGCAACGGCGUGCGCGUGCGGAAUAAAAUAUCACGCGUCUUUACGCAAGGUGCAUCCGUCGACCCCUUUCUGUCUUCGCUGUUAAUUGCCAAAUUACAACGAAUACCGCUGAUGCAUAUCAACAUUUCACAGACCGCGCUCCCGUGACUGAAAUUUAUAAUGCAUAGGUUUAUAGAUUUAUACACGAACAUUUAAUAUAUUAUUCAAUUGAUGAAUUGAUAAUUGUGGCACCGCAAAUUCGUUUCCGCGAUAGGCGCUAUGUAAUUAUUUACACGCGGUAGACCAUUGUUACAAUCAUCAAUUUUAUACACGUAGAUUAUUUCACCCCCCAGGAGGGAGGGAAACUGCAUAUUGUUCCAAGUGCAAUAUCGUUAAAAGGCAUAACGAUUAACAAUCAAUAAUUACACGAUUACCCGGUCUGCCCAUAGUCCGAGCGGUAAGACCGGCUGGUCCAAGCCCCCUUCGCUCGUCUGGCCCACCCAGAGCGGUCCAAAUCCUCUCGCACGGCGAAAUCUUGCCGAAUCCGGAAGACCUUGGCCCACGGGCGUGCGGGGUCUCAGCCACUUCUAGAUCACGAAGAUGGGAGCGACGGGAGGGAACCAGUUCUCUCCUGAAUAAAGGGGGGCCCAGUCCUAUAAAAAUGUGCCGCGAAACGGACCUCGGUAUCAUAGUCGAGUAGUGACAACUCGGACAAUCCUCGCAAGAGAGCUGAAGCUUUAUCGCCGACACUCCUCGCCGUCAUGUACAAGUGCGCCGCUCUUCUCGCUCUCCUCGUCGCCUGCGUCGCCGCGGCGCCCGCACCCGGCUUCCUGGCGUCCGGGUCCGCGAUCGCCGCUGCGCCCGUCGCGUACUCGGCACAUCCCGCGCCUAUCGUCCACGCGGCCGCCCCGAUCGCCUACGCCGCACACGCGGCUCCGCUCACCUACGCCGCGCACGCAGCCCCGUUCGCCUACGCCGCGCACGCGGCUCCGCUCGCGUACGCCGCGCACACCUCGCACGUCGCCUACGCCGCACCUGCUGUCAGCUACAUCCACUAAAAUGGACCGGCACGCACCUUCCUUGGGAGCACGACGAGGCCGACUCCCCAUUGUCCGAGCGACAAUGUCGUCCGGCUGUUCUCUUUACUCUCGCGAAGGAAGGAAGACCUAAUUUACCCUCGCGCAUGUAAUUUUUAUUAUGUCCAACAUGCCGAGAUCAAAAUAAACUAAUAUCUCAUCCAAUCGUUAUCCGUUUAUUGACACGCGACGUCUCCACGCGUCACCUCGCUGAUCCACCGCCUCCACCGCGCCGAUCCACGGCGGGGCGUUGACACGUUCGAAACGAGUAUGUAUUUCGUCGAGCGGAAGGUAAUCCUCUUUGAGUACUUAGGCUUCAAAGAGAAUUUUAAUGAUGGCCUGCGUCGAAACGCUCGCAUUAUGCACAAAGCCAAAUGCACUCGUAAAUAAAUCACGAAGCCUCUCGGCCGAUUUACGUAAAUUAAUAUCGGCGUAAUUUCGACAGUCCGCGCCGAUCCAACGGAGGGUCUAAGGAUUCCCUGAGCAUUUCCGGAAGAUCACGCCAAGCGAUAGAUCGGUGUAUUUACGUAUCGAUAUAUACAUAUGUAAUUAAUCAACCAUAAUUGAGAAUGGGCGAAAAGCGUUCGCACAUAAAAUUUUUCCCGCCAUACGUCUCUCACGAGAGACAAGCGCCGCUACAAAGUGCUUUGUUUAAUAUAUAUAUCAGCAUAAACGCAACGCAUUUUAACAGAAACACUUUGCAGAAAUGCGCUUCUUUCCCGCGCAAAAUUAUUCCGAGGGAGAGAGGCGAGUUAUGCAAAUACUUUUAUUCGUCGUCUAGCGUUUCCAAAUAUACCCGCGACGCGGCUGAAUAUUUAGCGAAAAACGAAUUUAGCGGAAAUAGAUAUUCGCGCGGCGAAGAGACAGCUCGCGCUCGUAGAUCACGCGAAUAUCGAGUUCGCGAGGUCGACGGGGCCGCGACAUCGCCGUAGAAAGUCGCGCGGCGCGACCUUCCCUGAGCGAGUCGCAUAACUCUCGUAUACGCAACAACGCCCAUCAUUCAUCGUAGGGACGUCGCUCAAAGUCGCCUGCUUCGCGAUCCGAAAAUAAACCCGGCCCCGGCGCUUUAUUAUUACGCAACGUUGACAACGCCGCGCUCUUAUUACACGCCGCGCAUACGGGCUCCGGGCUCCGGGCGACGUGGUAAUUGACAGUACGUCUAUAUCACGCCCGCGCGAUAGGAUUGAUACGCCGUGUUACGAUGCCGCGUUUAUAUUCGCUUUACAAUGGGAGACGCGCGCGAGGCAUUAAUUACAACGCAUCCGUGCGAUGUUGAUGGAAAGAUUGCGCCUGACACGGUGCAACGGGCGGCUACUGUCUCUCGGCCAAACCGCGCAUGUUUUCAAAUGCAUUCCAAGUAUUAGGCGGGAAACGCACGCGUGAUAUCAAAGUUAUUUUUUUAUCAAAGUUAUUUUUUAUCAAAGUUAGCUUUUUAUCGCACGAUUCUCCGCGUUGCGGAAACGCGUAAAGGGCCGAAUCAGACUAGCAAUUGCUGACUCGGAUUGGAUUGGGGUUGGCGACUGACGAUCGUCCUUUAGCCAAUGAGGGGAUUAAAUCUCUGGCCGCUUUGCUCCCAUUGGCUGAAAGACAAUCGCCAGUUCCGAUCUAAUCCGCGUCGACAAUUGCUAGUCUGAUUCGACCACGGUCUAAAUACAGGUCUAGAAACGACGGUGAUGAGGGGUUGUCUCUCUUAAUAUUCUCAUUUUUACCAACGUCAGUGUUUUCUUGACCAUACCUGGCAUUUUUAAUAAUACAGAAAAUUUAUUGCAAAAA